AUGCAUUUAGGUAUUAGUUACUGUGGCAUAGCUUUACGAUACGUUGGAGAAUAUUCUCAAUUAUUUACGUUCAUCAUUGGUUGUUUUCCAUACAAUGCAGCUAGUCAUUCAGCACAACAUCUUCGAGAAUUUGUUAAUAAAAUAUUAGAAGAAUAUAAACUACAACUGGAUUCAACAAAAUUUGUUGUUACAGAUAAUGAGCCAAAAAUGUUGCCAGCAUUUCGGGAACAAUGUUCUCGCGUUGGUUGUGUUGAUCACUAUUUGAAUAAACAGUUACAACAUGCUUUUCAAUCAGAUCAAAUUCA